AUGACUACCGGUUGUGAAGUAGUGGCUACCGGCGAGUUUCGCACACAAUCCGAGGGGAGGCUCGCUUGUGUGUGCUGCGACGCUAUAGGCGUACGAGCAUACAUGGGUAAGGCAUUGGUAAAUGUGCAAGUUGAAGAGUUGCCUAGAGGUCACGCACACCGAAGGCGCAUUAUGAUGCUACUUGGAGGGCAUACGGGCGAGCUGGAUUAUAGGACGAGUUGGUGCUUGCUUGUUAUGUGUUGCACGCACAAGCGCUACCUAUUAUGCACUACGAGUCGGCCUAGGCAUGCUCGGUGUCCUACAAAAGCCAAUUACUAG